GUUACUGGUGUGGGCUGAUCCCCCAUAUAUACUCGGGUGCAAGUGUGCAUCGCUGCCAUGCCCGUGCACCGCUUCACUAGUGUUCUCGUGGCGCUUAAUCUCCGGCGUGGAAGGUAUUGUACAGUCCGCGAGUUCCUCGUGUGCAGGGCACGGUGGGGGGGGGGUGGGGCCCACGGCGGGGCGGUGGUGCCCUGCCCACUCGUCACGCCACUCAGACAGGCGAAGGAGGACCUGUGAAGCGCCACUUGGCUCCCCUCGACGCUGAUGAAAAGUGACACAACGCUUUAGUCUCUCCCGUGACGAGUUCCUCUCAUGUAUCAUGCAAUAUGGCGUCUCGAGGUGUGUGUGUAGCCUCUUGAUCGUUUCCUCUCAAGCCAGCCAGUGAAAGAAAGCUGUAUCUCCUCGGCGCCUCCCCCACCACCGGGCACAACGUUCCGAGCCCCCCCCUGCUGCCUGUGUGGUAUGGGCACGGCCAGAGCGAGGACACAAGUUGAUAAUCAUUAGCAGUGAAAAUUUGUCAACUCGUUGACAUCACUAACAGCCGGGAAGCACGAGAAGCAUACGUGUUAAAUGAGGUAAAUGUCUUCGAGAACUUCCUAAUAAAAAAAAAAAGAUAAAUGAGAAGCGUCAUAAACGGUGUCAUCACUUAUUUUUUACAUGCCGCUCCCAGAGGCCCCCGCCUCGUGCCUGGCGUAGGAAGCUGUGCGCGCCCGGCCGGCCUGGAGACAACGACACACGAUACUUGGCACCAGAGCACCGAGGCGAUCCCGUCGCCUCGGUUUAUCUGGUCAGGCCGCCGCAUUGGAGCCUCUAAUUAAGCCGGGUAGCGGCCGUCUGUAGUCACACUCCCUGCUGCUCCGGCCGCCCCGCACAGGCCACGCCACUCAGUUACUAUCCCACGGCUCUGACACGAGCGUUUGUUGUGCAGGCGUUGAUCAGUUCUGUUUAAUUUUCUUCUUCCUUAUCGCCGUGGCCAUGAUCCUGUGUUCAUAUGACUAGCACAUUAAGGCGACACGGUUCGUUGAGCAACGUCGAGAGGACGUGGUCGGCGCCGGGGCCGUGCUGCGGCGGAGACAUGCAAGAAGAUUAUGGCGAGAUAAUAAAUCAAGGUUGUGACACAGUUGUGAAGGAAGGGUAGGAAGUUUCAUCAGCCGCCACACCGUUUCUUGCCCUCGACCCGCCAUACAAGCCUUUCGUCGAGUGAGCAGCAAGAGGAAGAGAAGAAUCCAACAAGAUGAUCCUGGCUGGCCGAGUCAACUCAAUGGAGACACUCCACUAUGACCCGCGAGAGACUGCCGCGGGAAACAGGCGCGUGAGACGGUCUACCGGGGCCGCCUCCUCCCCCAACCCCGCACAGCACACUGAGACCUUCACCAAGAAACUGCGCCUCGCCGGGGACUUGCCACAAUUCCUCAGGGCCGCUCCGGACUCCAACAGCCUCUCCGUCGGCCCCCACGAGGCUGAUGACCCGCAAGUCUGCUUCCGGAUGCACUCCUUCCACGUGCUGGCCACGCCUUCCUCGGAGGGCGGGAACAUUGUGGUGAUCGAGGCCCAGGACGGAAGGCAUGUCACCCAGGACUCCGCCAACCCGCAGAGCCUCGUGCUGACGGCAGGUGAGGCGCCGCAGCAGACCCGCACCACAGACAGCAGGUUCUUCCGUAUGUUCCGUGCCACCGGCGACCGCGACCUCAGGCUCAAGCACCUGCACUCCGGCAUGUACCUGUCGGCCUCCAGCAGCGGUGUCUCCCUACUCUCCACCGAUGGCUCGCCUAACUCCAUCCUCUUCACGGAAUUCGAGUGCACCCUCACCUGAGGCCGCCGGAGGGA